CCCUCUCUCUCUCUCUAUCUGGAACUUCCUUUGUCUUCUUCUCAUUCUCUCGUGACCCAACUCAGCAUCCUCUUCCCUCAUCAUCAACUCUCAUUUUCCCAGAUUCAGAUCUAUCUCUUCCUCAGUAUUCUUCCAUUUUCACAUUACUCCUCUCCCUUUCUCUUCUCCUUCAUACUCUGCCCUGUUUCGUUCACUUUCUCCUUUCCCUUUCCCACCCAAUCAAUCCUCUGUUUUCUUCUCCAAUUCCCAUCUGAAACACCCCUUACUCAGAACUAUCGCUCUCUGCUUUGAUUUUGAUUCUCCAUAACUCUGCGUCUUUUGAACCUGAAAUUCUGAUUCUGUUCGAUCAUCGUUCAUUCAUUCCUUUCAUAAUCUACUGUUGCUUUCUUUUCAUAACCGUCACUACCGCCUGCUGAAUUCUUAUUGACUUUACUGAUUUGUUUCCUCGAUAAUCCAAACUCUUAACGGACUCAAUGGCUUCACCGCCAUUAAAACCUGUGCUUCAGAAGCCACCAGGUUACCGAGACCCGAACAAUCCGCAACAACCAAAACCGAGACCGCCGUUAGCUCGAAAACCCGUUCUCCCACUCUCCCUUCGGUCCAAGAAGCAGCGCCGCCGACGCUAUUGCCGGAAGUGCUGCUGCGUCUUCUGCGUAUUCAUCCUCAUCCUCAUCGUCGCCCUCAUCGUUGCUGCCUCGCUUAUCUACAUCGUCUACGACCCGCAGCCGCCAGUUUUCCAUCUCCAGUCCUUCCGAGUUAACAGGUUAAACGUCACCCAGAAGACUGACGGUGUGUACCUCGAUGCCAGCACGGUGACGAGGGUGGAAGUGAAGAACCCGAACAGCAAAAUCCAGUGGUAUUUCGGCCAGACGAUGUUCGGGAUUUCGACGGACGAUGGGAAUGUGAAUCUCGGGGAGAAGACGAUUCCAGCAUUCUCGAUUAAGGCGAAGGAGGUGACGCUUCUGAAGGCGGAGACAAGGGUGAAGGAUCAGAUUUUGCUGGAUAGUGAGGGGAAGAAUCUCAGGGGAAAGUUUCGAAGCAGAGAGUUCGUUCCCAGUGUGGAGGUUCAAACCAGAGUGGGGAUGAGUGUGCAGAGCUUAAAGAUAGGAACUGUGGGGAUCAGUGUGGUGUGUGGAGAAGUGACAUUGAAGAAACUUGAAGGUGGAGCGAUGCCCAAAUGCACCAUCACUUUGCUCAAAUGGAUCAAGAUACAGUGAGCUGGCCACUACUUCUUUUUAACAGUGAAAGGUUUUACUACAGUACCUCGUGUUGCUCUGCAACAAGCAGUUCUGAAUCAGAAUCAGAACCGAAGGGGAUUGUAGAUCUAAAGAAAAUUCCAUACUUGUUCUUUUUGGUGUUUUACAAAAGUGAAAGUAAUAAGUUUGUAAAAUACUUUGCUUGGAGAAGGAUAAAAAGGGUCACAGUCAAAGAAGAAGAAGGGUAUCAUCUGCAGGAAUUCAAGGUACUGUUUGGUUCUUCUGGUUGUGCAGUGGGGUUGUUACGGGGUUUAUUAUACAGGGUGAUUGAUUGAUUAUAUUGUAUUUAAUGUUUAUAUUAUAAUUUAUUCGUUUGCUUGUUUAUCUCAAGGGAUUGUUGAUAAGCAUUCAUCACUCAUUUUACAAUUGAAGAACUUCUUGUAUUCUUAAA